GUCGGCCAUGCCCAUUGUCGAUUCCAGAUAUUGUCUCUGCUAAAUACCUGCUACCAGUGCAAGGUCAACGGGCAAACAGAGGGCGAGAUGGGCCAAUAAAGCAGGAAUGGAAAGCCGAGCUGGAAGAUUGCGUGCGUGUUCCGUCUUACCCUCCUCCCCACGAUCAUCUUAGCGCCCGUCUUCCAGCUCGUGAUCGCUCCUAUAUAGCAUACAUUCAAGCCUUGGGCCCCUGUAUCCAAGCGCCAUGUUCAUACCCACCCUGCUCUCAACUGUGCUAUCCAUUCUGGCCUUUGCUCGGGCUGCCCAGUUCAGCAACCCUAUCCGCGACAGUGGGGCAGACCCAUUCAUUGUGUAUGACAAUAGCACUUCGCAGUAUUACCUCAUCACGACCACCGCUACAGAUCUCCGACUCAUCUCCUCCCCUACCCUUGGCGGUCUCUACAACGGUACGGAUACUCAAGUUUAUAGCACCAACGAUACACAGGUGCUCCGACACGUCUGGGCUGGAGAGCUGCACAAGGUCGAUGGGUCAUGGUACAUUUACUUUUCGUGGCUAGAGCGUCCUUGGGUGAUCAAAGGCGGCGCUGACCCGCUUGACGCGUACCCUGGACCACCUGUACAGCUCUCGGCUGACUUUGGUAUCGACGGCACAAUCCUCACCCACAACUCUUCCCUCUAUUUCCUCUGGUCCUGCCUCACCAAAUCCCCUUCCGCCGACUCAAUCUGUAUCGCCCCCCUCUCUUCACCCACAUCCCUAGUCAAUGCUUCUACCGCCGUCAUCUCCUCCCCGACGGAAGAAUGGGAAAACCAAGGUAAUGCAUCGAUCAACGAAGCACCUCAAGCGCUUUAUUGGGAAGGGGAGAAGUAUUUGACGUUUUCGGCCAGUCAUUGUAAGAGCGCGGGGUAUAGUCUUGGCUUGCUUCAUUUGACAGGUGACGACCCCCUCCUCCCAAGUUCAUGGACAAAGACAGAAGGACCUGUGUUUUCAUCUGCCAAUGGCGAGUACGGACCGGGGCAUAAUGGUAUCUUUGCGUCUCCAGAUGGCACGGAACUGUGGAACGUUUAUCACGCAGUUACCAAUUCUAGCGGCUCUUGUGGGACGGAUAGACAAACGUUCGCCCAGCCUAUCGACCUGUCACAAUUCUCCACCGAAGGACCUAUCUUUGGUAUUCCGCUUGCGUAAGCUUUCCAAGCUGCCAUGUCACUGGUCCUGUCUUUGUACGUGUCUGUGGCUAAUCCUUGGGCUGUUAGGAAAGGUCACGUUAUCGACGGGCCUUCGGAAAAAGCGGCAUAGUCUUAGGAAAGAAACUCCUAUAAAAGAAUGGGAAAAUGGAAGGAAUCCCUCUUGUAUACAUACGAGCAUGCAACAAUAACC